AUGCCUCCUGACUUGAGUGCUACGGCCAACUCUAAUAUGUCACGACCUCGCGCAGCAACAACGGCACCCGCUAUGGCGUCGCAGUCUUCAACACCACGACAAUCAGUACAUGCUCCUCAUACAUCUGCAGUACUCCCGCCCCCGGGAAGCCCACCACUAGGAACGGGGGAUUAUGGCAUCACACGUACCGCCCAGGGGCCAUUGCGUCAUCCUCAGCCGCUGACACCUUCGGAUCUCCAUCUAGUGCUUGAGAAAGAGCAAGAAGCGAUGGUGAAUCGAUUGACACGAGAGCUAUCUCUUCUCCGCCAGCAAACAGCGUCCGUGGCAUCGACAGCAUCUUCCGCCUCAACAUUUAACGAGGCAGAUGGCGCACGGGCAUCACCCACCCUCAGCAGCUCAGCCCAGUCUCAUUCUGCCCGACGGCACCGGUCCAGUUCAAGCCUCAGCUCAAACCAGGGCCCGCAGUCUUCAAGUGUCACUGGAAUUGCUCCCUCACGAGAGAUACCAUACCGCUCGACAGACCAUUCUCGAACGGUUCGCAGCCGUGAGCCAUCCAUCACAUCUCGCCGACCCUCCAUCGGGUCAAUAUCCUCAUUCUCUCACAAUAACAACAGCGUAUACCCACACCGAAACUCGGUGUCACAGACCCAGUUGGGCCAUUCACCUGGAAGUUCGCUCUCGCGGUUUGAGGAGGCCACACAUCACAGGUUGGAGGUGGAAUACAUGAAGCGGGAGAAUGAACAGCUCAGGAGGCGGGUGCGGGAUCUGGAGCAGACUUUAAAGAGGCAAAAGGAGGACUCGGGAAGUUGA